CAAAUUACCCGGUCUCGGAAGAGAGGGCUACUUGUUUACAAACAAAAAAAGACGGCAUUCUCUCACAGAAGCACUCACAUGACAACAAUAACGGGUUUAUUGUGUCACAGAGCAACUUUUGGCAGGUUUGAAUCUGGUGGGAUGCGGCGCCAGAGGAACAGAAUGACCAAAUUUGGACAUUAAACCAGGCUUCGCUUCAAAACCUCGUGAGUUGCCUGUCUAGGGGGCGUUUCUGGCGUCAUUGGCACUUUCUAAAUGAUGCUCAGAUGCUGACUUGGUGGGUGCGCACUAGUUUUUGAGACGCGGCGAUCAUUUCCAACUAAGGGGAUUUACGCGAAUGUCUUGAGAUGAAGUUCUGGUUUAAUCCUGUGACUCAGAUGUUACAGGAACAGGGGGAGCACCGGCGUGACGACAAAGAGUGCGACGUGCUGCUGCUCGUGUCCCACUCUCUAUAAAGCCCACGAGCGCGAGAAAGUUUCAUCACUUACCGCAACUACCUGAUCGACACAGGACCUCUGCAAACAAACAAGCUUUUCCAAAUACGGAUUUGUUUACCCUGAAAACAUAAGUUUGGUCUCACUGCAAAAAGAGGAAGAACUGAACUGAAGACUUCUGUCUCAAUCGCAAUAACUGGCUUUCGCAACAAGAGUAGGAUGGACAAGAUGAAGGACAGUAAGGGGAAGCAGGUGACAUGGUGCCUCAUGUUCUGUGUGUCCACGGCCGUCAUCGGCUCCUUGCAGUUUGGCUACAACACAGGCGUCAUCAAUGCACCUGAUGAGAAAGUGCAGGACUUCAUCAGAAAUGUGACUCAGGAGCGCAGUGGGGAACCAAUGGAGAAAUCCACAUUGACAACAGUGUGGAGUUUAACUGUUUCCAUUUUCAAUGUUGGCGGCAUGAUCGGGUCUCUUAGUGUUGGCACUCUAGUUGACAAACUAGGGAGACGAAAAUGCAUGUUUCUGUCCAACAUCCUGGCUCUGAUUGGUGGAGGCCUGAUGGGUUUAUCCAGCAUGUGCACCUCUUAUGAGUUGAUAAUAGUGGGCCGUCUGGUUAUUGGUGCCUUCUGUGGCCUGUGUACAGGAUUGACACCCAUGUAUGUGGGUGAAAUUGCUCCAACGGCACUGCGAGGGGCUUUUGGUACCCUUCACCAGCUCGGGGUGGUCAUCGGCAUCCUAAUUGCACAGAUCUUAGGCCUGGAGAUAUUGCUGGGAUCUCAGUCUUUGUGGCCACUGUUAUUGGCUCUGACAGCGGUGCCCGCAGUGUUACAGUGCGUCAUGCUGAUCUUCUGCCCGGAGAGCCCUCGAUACCUGCUGAUCACUCUGAACCAGGAGGAGGAGGCACGCCAAGUGCUGACACGUCUUCGUGGGCAUUCAGAUGUGGAGGAUGACAUUCGUGAGAUGAAGGAAGAGGCCUUGAAGAUGUCCAUGGAGAAGAAGGUUUCUAUUCCAGAGCUGUUCCGUAACUCCGCUUACAGACAGCCCAUUAUCAUCGCCAUAAUCCUGCAGCUGUCCCAACAACUCUCUGGCAUCAACGCUGUCAUUUAUUACUCUACCAAGAUCUUCAGAUAUGCAGGUAUCACAGAGGCAGUCUAUGCCACCAUUGGAGUGGGUGCAGUCAACACUCUCUUCACCGUCAUCUCUCUCUUCCUGGUGGAGAGGGCAGGAAGAAGAACACUUCAUAUGGUCGGACUAGCUGGAAUGACUGUCUGUGCUCUGCUCAUGACCAUUUCUCUUGAAAUUCUGAACCCUAUAGGAGCAAAAGCAGGAAGUGGUGCUAAUAUGACUGCCAUCCCUGAAUCUGUAUCUGCAGGGGCAACUUCCCCAAUCAGCGUUCUGGCCAUUCUGGCAGUGUUUGGGUUUGUGGCCAGUUUUGAGAUGGGACCGGGACCAAUCCCAUGGUUCAUAGUGGCUGAGUUAUUCGCUCAAGGUCCACGCCCGGCAGCCAUCGCUGUGGCGGGAUGCUGCAACUGGACCGCCAGCUUCCUUGUCGGACUGUUUUUCCCAAAACUAUUGGAACUGUGUCAAGCGUACGUCUUCAUCAUAUUCCUCAUCCUCCUUAUCAUCUUCUUCGUGUUUACCUACUUCCGUGUUCCCGAGACCAAAGGCCGAACCUUUGAAGACAUUGCCAGUGGGUUUUCCAGUGCCGCCAACUACAUGUCCCCAGAGGGUGCCAUCGCAAUGCCAGUAUCCCCAUCAUCAGAGAAGUUUCCGAUGACUGAAAUGGCUGCUCAGCAGAAAAGCUGAGCAAACCUAUAGAAAAAAACCCUUUAACCCACACAAGAUUGACACCUUAAAUGAACAGAUGCUGCUAAAUAAUGGGUAUUAUUAUAAAGAAAUAGGCAGAUCAGUGAGAUCAAGCACAUCACAAAUAAAUCACAAUGUUACAUUGUAAGUGUAACGGAUAGCAGCUGUUAAAAUCACAUUUCUUUGGUGAAAUCACUGUGCUUUUUUUUUAUUAUUAAUAUUAUUAUUAUUAUUGAGGUAGCUUCAAAAACAUGACAGGGUUUAAAAAUGUCUGAAAAGUUUGGAAACCACUGACGUAGAGGAACUAAACAGUGUUAGGGUACUGAUUGGCAGUUAUAAAGUCAUUAUGAGCAAACAAGUGUUUAUUACAUGUGGUUGCAGAUGUGUAUGUUUAGUUUAGUAGUAUUUUUUAAAUAACUGAUGUGUGAGAUUUCUACUUGUCAUGUGGAAAAUUAAACUGAUUACUAUGACUUAUAUUUAAAUGGUUGGUUAGGAAAUUUCCCAUAUUGCCCAAAGACUUGUGUGAAGUUUUGUGUAUUUUUCCGACUUUGGAGCCCCCUGCAGUUAAAUUUGUGAAAUUCACUAUGGUAAUUGAAAUGGAUAGAUACACGUGCAUUUUUUUAUAUUUUGUUUGUUUUUUGUAAUUGUACUGUUUAAAUCAGGUUUUAAAUCCUAGAUUUUUAGUAUGUUUUGUGGGUCCAGUACAGGUCCAGUUAUAUCAGCAUGUGUUGGUGUUUGUAUAUGAUACUGGUUAUAAAAGCCCUGCUGAAUAUAAAUUGUCAGUGUUAAAAUGGUGUUCAUCACUUAAGUAUUUUUGUGAUGAUUGUUACUGUGUACAUGACUGAAUGAACACUACUGAUACAGGAUCAUAUGAAAGUUCAUCAUGUUUUUGGGGUAGUUUGUACUGUACACUGUAAAAGUGUUGCUCUACUGUGUAAAUAUAUAUUUUUGUUUGUUUACAUUUAUUACUUUAUUUUGCUGCACUAGUCUAACUGGACGAUUGAGAUACUCAGAGUUUUAUCAAGUAUGCACCAAUGAUGUUUUCCUUUUUUAUUUUUUGUGAAUGUGUAUUUUAUAUAUAUUUAUAUAUUUUGUUAUAUUUAUAGCUUUUAUCAUUUUAUUUCCAAUUUCUUAUGUUUGUACUUUUUUAAUUAUUAUUGUUUUUUCUUUAAACACAAUGUCCUGAAUAUAUGAGUGUAUGUAAUACCAAAAGCACUUGAAAGCAUAUUUAUUUUUGUGAGACUGACAAGAUUAAAACAUUCCCAUUGCACAUGA